AUGCGGCGCCCGCGGCGGCCGGGGGCUCUCGGGGGAUCCGGAGGUCUCCGGCUGCUCCUCUGCCUCCUGCUGCUCAGCAGCCGCCCGGGGGGCUGCAGCGCCAUUAGCGCCCACGGCUGUCUGUUUGAUCGCAGACUCUGCUCUCACCUCGAAGUCUGUAUUCAGGAUGGCUUGUUUGGACAGUGCCAGGUGGGUGUGGGGCAGGCCCAGCCCAUUUUGCAAGUCACCUCCCCAGUUCUCCAGCGCUUACAAGGUGUGCUCCGACAGCUCAUGUCCCAAGGAUUGUCCUGGCAUGAUGACCUCACCCAAUAUGUGAUCUCCCAGGAGAUGGAGCGCAUCCCCAGGCUCCGGCCCCCGGAGCCCCAUCCAAGGGACAGAUCUGGUUUGGCAUCCAGGAGACCUGGUCCCACUGGGCAGCUGCUUUUCCAAGGCAUCCCCACUGGCUCUGCCCCUGCUGCCCAGCACCGGCUUCCACGACCACCAGUGGCUGGGGACGGAGCUGGGGCGGGCUCCCCCCUGUCCCCUCUGCAGGCUGAGCUACUGCCCCCUCUCUUGGAGCAUCUGCUGCUGCCCCCGCCACCUCCCCACCCUGCCCUGAGUUAUGAACCUACCUUGCUGCAGCCCUACCUGUUCCACCAGUUUGGCUCCCGUGAUGGCUCCCGGGGCUCAGAGAGCUCCCCAGGGAUGGUCAGUGUCGACCCCCUGCCCAAGGCUGAAGCUCCUGCCCUCUUCAGCAGAACUGCCUCCAAGGGCGUGUUUGGGGACCACCCUGGCCACUCCCAUAGGGACCUUCCAGGGCCCUCACCUGCUCAGCUUUUCCAGGACUCCGGGCUGCUCUACCUAGCCCAGGAGUUGCCAGUGCCCAGCAGGGCCAGGGUGCCAAGGCUGCCAGAGCAAGGGGGCGGCAGCCAGGCAGAGGACCACUCGGAGGGCUAUGAGGAGGAACGACCAGGGGGUCGCAGGGAGAAACCCGCUUCCCCAGCAGUGCAGCCAGACGCGACUCUGCAGAGACUGGCGGCUGUGCUGGCAGGUUACGGCGUGGAGCUGCGCCAGCUGACCCCCGAACAGCUCUCCACCCUCCUGACCCUGCUGCAGCUGCUGCCCAAGGGCGCAGGAAGAAAUCUGGGAGGGGCUGUAAAUGUUGGAGCUGAUAUCAAGAAAACAAUGGAGGGGCAAGCGCAAGGCAGAGACACAGCAGAGCCUCCACCCCCCACGCCCUCCCUGCCUGGACACCCCACUGCCAGCCCCACCUCCAAUGAAGUCCAGCAGGUGCUGGGCCCUGGCUCCUCUGAGCCUCCCAAAGCUGCCACCCACCCUGCCACACCUGUCCUCCUGGAGAAGAAGAGUCCACUGGGCCAGGGCCAGCCCACGGCAGCAGGACAGCCCUCGGCUCGGCCAUCCGCAGAGGAGUAUGGCUACAUCGUCACUGACCAGAAGCCCCUGAGCCUGGCUGCAGGAGUGAAGUUGCUGGAGAUCCUGGCUGAGCAUGUGCACGUGUCCUCGGGCAGCUUCAUCAACAUCAGUGUGGUGGGACCAGCCCUCACUUUCCGCAUCCGGCACAAUGAGCAGAACCUGUCUUUGGCUGAUGUGACUCAGCAAGCAGGGCUCGUGAAGUCUGAACUGGAAGCACAGACAGGGCUCCAAAUCUUGCAGACAGGAGUGGGACAGAGAGAGGAGGCAGCUGCGGUCCUUCCCCGAACAGCACACAGCACCUCUCCCAUGCGCUCAGUGCUGCUCACUCUGGUGGCCCUGGCAGGCGUGGCCGGGCUACUGGUGGCUCUGGCCGUGGCUCUGUGUGUGCGGCAGCAUGCGCGGCAGCGGGACAAGGAGCGCCUGGCAGCCCUGGGGCCUGAGGGGGCCCAUGGAGACACUACUUUUGAGUACCAGGACCUAUGCCGCCAGCACAUGGCCACAAAGUCCCUGUUCAACAGGGCAGAGGGUCCACCCGAGCCUUCGCGGGUGAGCAGUGUGUCCUCACAGUUCAGCGACGCGGCCCAGGCCAGCCCCAGCUCCCACAGCAGCACCCCAUCCUGGUGCGAGGAGCCCGCCCAGGCCAACAUGGACAUCUCCACGGGACACAUGAUUCUGGCGUACAUGGAGGACCACCUGAGGAACCGGGACCGCCUGGCCAAGGAGUGGCAGGCCCUGUGUGCCUACCAAGCAGAGCCAAACACCUGUGCCACUGCGCAGGGGGAGGGCAACGUCAAAAAGAACCGCCAUCCUGACUUCCUGCCCUAUGACCAUGCCCGGAUCAAACUGAAAGUGGAAAGCAGCCCUUCUCGGAGCGAUUACAUCAACGCCAGCCCCAUCAUUGAGCAUGACCCUCGGAUGCCAGCCUACAUAGCCACUCAGGGCCCACUGUCCCAUACCAUCGCAGACUUCUGGCAGAUGGUGUGGGAGAGUGGCUGCACCGUCAUUGUCAUGCUGACCCCACUGGUGGAGGAUGGUGUCAAGCAGUGUGACCGCUACUGGCCAGAUGAGGGUUCCUCCCUCUACCACGUAUAUGAGGUGAACCUGGUGUCGGAGCACAUCUGGUGCGAGGACUUCCUGGUGCGCAGCUUCUACCUGAAGAACGUGCAGACCCAGGAGACGCGCACGCUCACGCAGUUCCACUUCCUCAGCUGGCCGGCAGAGGGCACCCCGGCCUCCACCCGGCCCCUGCUGGACUUCCGCAGGAAGGUGAACAAGUGCUACCGGGGCCGCUCCUGCCCCAUCAUCGUGCACUGCAGCGAUGGUGCAGGGAGAACUGGCACCUAUAUCCUAAUUGACAUGGUACUCAACCGCAUGGCAAAAGGAGUGAAGGAGAUCGACAUUGCUGCCACCCUGGAGCAUGUCCGUGACCAGCGGCCUGGCCUCGUCCGCUCUAAGGACCAGUUUGAAUUUGCCCUGACAGCUGUGGCGGAGGAGGUGAAUGCCAUCCUCAAGGCCCUGCCCCAGUGA